GUACACCGAAGAAGAAGAUCAACUGCGCGCCGUCGUAUUCUUUUGCUUUCGUGCGUUCGAUACAAAAAACCCUUUAGGGAGCAGCGCGGAGUUGCCUGAGGAUUCCGCUUCUCCAUAUUUCCCUGCUUGUGCUUUUUUGUUUGUUUGUCGUUUGUCGAUUGCUUUAGCUUCCCGCCGCCAUAUUUGUACUAGAGUCCUUUUUAGUUACAAACCACCGUGAGCUUUUCCCGCUAGCCAAGCAUUCCCCUACUCUGUUGAGCUUCGUUCCCCACUCGGUGCUCUGCAGCAUCGUGCAUUGCAGAGUGUCGUUUCUGAUCCAUUUCGAGGUGUGUUUUUAUAUUUUAUUUCCUGCUUGUUUGUUUCACGCUGCCGUCAACAUGGGGGAAAAGCAGUCAAAGGCAUAUUGGCAGGACGACGAGGAGGUGGCGGAGUGCAAUGGCUGCGGCCGGGCCUUCACUGCGACCCUUCGCCGCCACCACUGUCGCAACUGCGGGUACGUGUUUUGCGGAGACUGCUCGCGGCACCGCGCGAGUAUCCCGAUGCGCGGCAUCGCCACGCCGGAGCGGGUGUGCGAUGCGUGCUACCUUGCUCUCCGUAAUAGCAACAUCGCCGGUAGCACCCUCAGUCGCGGCGGCCCUGGAACGCUGCCCAACCCUAGCGAGAUACCCGACCGUGAGCGAUCUAUGGUGAGCACCCCAGGUGCGAGUGGUGCGGGGGCGGGCAACGGCGCCAGAAACGGCACCACGGCGGCCAGUCCAAGUCCGGCAGAUCCAGCUGCGAAACAAGGAACUGCUGCAGACGCGAGCAGCUCGGCCUGGACAGAGGAGCAGCAGAAGGCGGAGGAUUACUACCAGAACCUCUACGGCGCAGACGGCGUCGCGGAUGGCGCGGGGGAGGAUGACGGGGGUGCUGCCUCAGCAGCAAACCGGCAGGAAGCAAUUAGCCCGGAAGCCCUGGAGCGAGAGCGGCUGAUUCAGCGCUGGAACACGGUGCGGCAGGCGACGGUGUACGUGGACAUCCUCGUACAGCAGUCAGAGCGCGUGGAGCCGAACACCACGGUGGAGUACAGCCGCGAGACGGAGACCCUCACCAUCCAACCGGAGCUACCGCAGAGUGAGAUCGGUGUACGGAUGCUGCCGUUACCUCGCCCAUGCACCGACAGCGCACGUUAUCUGCUGGAGCCGGUCAAGACGCUCGGCAUGCCGGCGACGGCACUGGAUAAGGCACUCGCCAGCCUGGCGCAGCGCUUGGCGGUGCAGGUCCCUGCGCAGAGCAUCAAAACGGUGACUCCAGCUGAGUUCACCGGAUACUAG